CAUUUGACGGUGAUUACUAAUUCUGCUAACACUAUAAAUAUGACUCCAAGUUAGAGUUUCCUUAUUUGUUUAUGUUCAUUCAUUCAUUUCUAUGUUUUGGCCGAUCUUGGGUUUUAGUUCAUUUUGAGUAAAACUUUCCAAUUCUUGAGUGUUCCUGUUUUCUCCCAUAAUGGAGAAUCAACAACAGCAGCAGCAGCAACAACAACAGCAGCAACAGCAACAACCGCCACCGCUAAAUCGCCCAUGGUUUCGGUUGGCAUCGCAGGCUCGUAUUGAGCCACCACAAGCUAGAGCUGCUGCACCACCUGCAAGACAAGUAUUUGUUCCGGUACCAAGGCCCUCAAUAGUUAUACCUUCACAGCCUCAACCUCGACCUGCUCCUCCAACUCAAACACAAGGGCCUGCUCCAUCUGCGGCGGUGCCUCCUCCGGCAACAGCUGGAGAACGCACACAAAUGUCUUCCUCCUCAUUGCCACCAUCCCCACAACAGAAACCCGUGGGACCCACUCCUUCGGUUCCAAAUACUCCGUUAAUCAAAACGUUGAAUUCCUCAUCAUUGCCCACAACCCCAUUAAGAAACACACAAGAACCAGCACCUUAUAAUGGUGCUCCUCCGGCAACAAAGGUUAAUUAUUCACCCAGAUUGCCAUCCUCGUCAUUGGCAAGUUCUCCCAUACAAAAAGCACCGGAACCAGCCCCAUCUGCUAAUGCUCCUCCUGCGAAAACAGUAGAGUCCCCACCCAAAGUGGCUUCCUCACCAUUGCCGAGUUUUCAAAUGCAAAGAGCAGUUAGUCGUGUAUCCAGUCCACCUGAAUCUCCCAAGGUCAUCAAGCCUUCUUCAAGGACUCCACCUCAGUCCCCCAAGAUCCUACCUUAUGCACCUCCUCCAUCUUCUCUUUCACUUCCACCCUCCCAGUUAAGAGCUGCACCAGAGCCUGAGAGUAAGAGUUUGGUAGCUGAGCAGAAGAAUAUGCUCGUCCAAGAGCGUAAAGAAAAGUUUGAUGCAAGGAAACAUGAGGAGGAUAAGCCUCACAUUGGCCAGAAUGGGAGAAAAGAAGGUGGAGUGAGCAAUCGUCAUAAGGAAAAGGAGUAUCAGAAGAAAUUGGAUGACCAUAAGGAUUCUGGUAUGAGGGUGAUUACGAUAGCUGGUGAGAACAAAGGAGCUUAUAUGGAGCUAGGUUCUUCCAACAGGAAGCAUGACUACAAGGGGAACCCUCAUACUCUUUCUCAUAAUUCCCGUGCAAAAAAGGAUGGUAAUGAGUCAGGAAGCAGCAGCAGUGAGAGCAGUAAAUCAAGGAAGAAAGACAGGUCAAAGUCAGGACUACCUAUGACCGCUUUCGUGAAUAGUAAUGUUCAAAGUGUUAACAACUCCAUUCUCUUCCAUGCUUCCUGCACUCAUAGUGAUCCUGGCGUUCACUUUUCCUUUUCAAGAAAGCCCAUCCCCGACCAAGGGAUGCACCAUGAAAAUGCCUAAAAUGUGCACAAUAACGUUGGGAGCAGUGCACUAUUAUUGUUCAUUUCUUAAGUGCAAAAUAAGCCUAUUAAAAACCAAAACAUAUUUCUAAUAUAUAUAAUGACUUUGUAUUAGUCCUUUUUCCUGAGGUAUAUGUUAUAAAUUUGAAUGUUCUAUGUCAGUUCUCAACACUUUGAAUAGUAUGAAUAAAAAGAGGAAGUUUUUAUGA